AUGACUUUGGGCAGAGGCAGAGGGAGCGAAAUCACUCCUUCUUUCACAAGUUCCCCAGAUGAAGGUUCAUCAGUACCAGCACGGAUCUUCGCUUUGACACAGCAAGAGGUCUACACAUCAGACAUGGCGGUGACAGGGCAAUUUUCAAAAGAUUCAAGGACCGAUUAUGAAUUUAGAAGAGUUCAAUCUGCCGUAUUUGAUGUGAAAAAUUAUGGUGGUAAAGCCGAUGGCAAGUCAGAUAUUAGCAAGGCAUUAUUGGGCGCGUGGAAAGAGGCUUGUUCAGCAAAGGGUUCCAACAUAGUUGUAGUACCCAAAGGAACAUAUUCCAUAGGUUUAACUGACUUAAAUGGUCCAUGCAAGGGAGCCAUGGAGCUUCAAGUCCAAGGAACCUUAUUGGCACCGAUAAACCCUAGCAGUUAUGCCAAGGACAGCUGGAUUACUUUUGCAUACAUUGAUCAAUUCAAAUUAUCCGGUGGUGGAACCUUCGACGGACAAGGGCAAGUGGCUUGGAAGCAAAAUAACUGCGGUCGAAAUCCAAAAUGCAAGAGACUUCCAGUUUAUGUGCUUCUUGUCCCUUUAAAAACACGCCAGAGCUUGCGGUUUGACUUCAUCACCAACAGCGUAGUUCAGGACGUAACAUCGCUCGAUAGUAAGAAUUUCCAUGUCAAUCUUCUAGGUGGCAAAAACCUUACUUUCGAUCGCUUCACGAUCACUGCACCAGGAGAUAGCGUCAAUACAGAUGGAAUUCACAUCGGGCAUUCAAACGGGAUCAACAUUAUUAAUUCAAAUAUUGCCACCGGCGAUGACUGCAUCUCCAUUGGUGGUGCCAGCGAACAAAUAAGGAUCACAAACGUACGAUGUGGACAUGGACAUGGCAUUAGCGUGGGAAGUUUAGGGAAGACCACUGAUGAAUUUGUCUCUGGAAUUUUCGUAAGGAACUGCACCUUCUAUGACACCGACAAUGGAGUGAGAAUUAAGACAUGGCCGGCAUUACAUGGUGGCAUGGCCUCUGAUAUGCAUUUCGAGGAUAUUAUGAUGAAAAAUGUCCGCAACCCUAUCAUUAUAGAUCAAAUGUACUGCCCAUGGAAUCAGUGCAAUCCAAAGGUAACGCGAAAAGAAAUGAAAAUGAAAGAGUCUCUUAAUGCAUUGUCCGUGGACAAAUCUGCCCGCAACAUGAAAUUUCUGUAACCCUUUGCCGUUUCUGAUGUUUGUUUCAGCUUCCGUCAAAAGUUAAGAUCUCCAACGUCACCUUCAAGAAUAUUAGGGGCUCUUCAGCGACCGCAGUAGCUGUUCGACUUAAUUGCAGCAGCAGUUUUCCAUGCCAGAAGGUCGAGCUCGCUGACAUUAACUUGACGUACGGAGGAAAGGAAGGCCCUGUAAAAUCCUUGUGUGCAAAUGUUAAACCCACACUUAAGGGAAAAUUGACUCCAACCAUUUGCUAGUAUUGUCAACGCUCAAACCUCGCAGCUCCUAGCCGCGAUACAUGGAUUAUCGAGGAGAUGAGCAUAUUUCAAGUUGUAAGUUUUACCAAAUA